UUCAUCCACCAGAGCGCCUCAACGAACCGCGCGCAGGUGGAGAAGACGCUCGGCUGAUGACGUCACUGGCAUGAGACGGAAGUGGACAUAUUUGUAGUCGUUAGGAAUCCUGAUAGUGACAUGACAAAAACAAACCGCUUUCUGAAAUAAUAUCACAGCAGCCGCGCAGAGAAUCAGAUUUUAAAGUGUUUCCUCUUCAAAUAUAAAACAUGCACGGCCGAGUGAAGAUUAAAUCCACAGCCCAGCAAGAGGAGGAGAAAAGAAAGGAGCGAGAGAAGAAGCUGAAGAUUUACGUGGCUGCACGAGAUGCCUGUUUCUCUAAGAGGAAGGAGGGUGUUUGGGAUGAUGAGGCUCUCCAGCUCACGCAGCAGCUUCUAUCAUCAAACCCUGACUUUGGAACUCUAUGGAACUACAGAAGAGAAAUCCUGAUGCACCUGGAGACUGUGAAAGACGAAGAUGAAGUCCAGAAGAUUUAUGAGGCCGAGCUUUCUUUUCUGGAGUCUUGCUUGAAGGUGAAUCCAAAGUCGUACGGCAGCUGGCACCACCGGUGUUGGGUCUCAGCCCGGCUUCCUCGACCGGACUGGGCCAGAGAGCUGAGCCUGUGUGACCGCUGCCUCAGUCUUGACGACCGCAACUUUCACUGCUGGGAUUACCGUCGGAUGGUCGUAAAGGUCUCAGGCGUUCCCGUCGAUCAGGAGUUGAGUUUCACCGAUCGUCUCAUUGGCUCCAACUUCUCUAACUACUCCAGCUGGCAUUACCGCAGCACCCUGCUGCCACUGCUCCACCCAGAGUCUCCCGAGCCCCCCUCACCCCGCAGAGAGCCUUCCCAGUGCUCCCCUCCUCCGUCUCCACAAACACACUCCCACCGUGUCUGUGAGGAGCAGCUCCUCAAAGAAUACGAGCUCGUACAGAACGCCUUCUUCACCGAUCCCAAUGACCAGAGUGCCUGGUUCUACUAUCGCUGGCUGCUGGGCAGAGCCGAGCGAGAGGAGAUGAUCAGCUGUGUGUACGUCAGCCGAGAAGAGGAGAGGGUGGCUGUCGCCUUCUCCAGGCCUGUUAAUGCUCAGUCCGUCGGCCUCCUGCUCGUGCUGGACGGUCAGCCUCAGCGAGUCGAGUGGAGAAGCGUCCAUCCACACUUCAAACACAGCCCCGUCUGGAUCUGCGAUCUUCCUCCAGGAACGAUCAGCGACAUCACCAAUGAACACAACCUGACGGUGCACUGGACUGAAAAACACACUCACAGAGACUGUGCUCUGUACACAGGUCGUGCUGAGAGCUGGUGCAGAGACUCAGCCACGGAUCAGGAGCUCUUCAGGAGUGAGCUGUCGGUGGAGAAGACCUCGGUGUUACAGUCGGAGCUUCAAUCCUGCAACCAGCUACAAGAGCUGGAGCCGCUCAACAAGUGGUGCCUACUCACCAUUAUCCUCCUGAUGAGGGCGCUAGACCCUUUGGGAUACGAGAAGGAGACACUGGCUCAUUUCCAAACUCUCAAAGAAGUGGACUCUAUGCGAUCUGCGUAUUACGGCGACCUGUGCAGCAAGUUCAUGAUCGAGAACACCAUCCUGAAGAUGGAGUAUGCUGAAGUGCGCGUCUUCAGUAUUUCUGAUAAGAACCUGACCACAUUGUGCCACCUGGACCAGCUCCUGUUGGUCACUCACAUCAACCUGUCGUCCAAUGAGCUGCAGCAGCUGCCUCCUCAGUUUGCCAUGUUGCAGUGCCUGGAGGUCCUGGAGGCCGAUAACAACGCCAUAGAGAGCCUGGAGGGAGUUUACCACCUUCCUAAACUGGAGGAACUGCUCUUGAGGAAUAACAAAAUCUCCACCGUGGCAGAUCUGCAGCCGCUGGCCUCCUGCCCCAAGCUGAAGCGUCUUGAUCUCCGUGGGAACCCCGUCACUCAGACCGCCGACGUGGAGUCCGCACUGACUGAGCUGCUGCCCUCAGUCACAGACCUGCUGCUCUGAUGAGCCGUGGGGCAGGAAUCACUGCCAUCAGCGUCCAUUUGUCCAUUCGUCCUUCACAUUCUCAGCCCGUUUGUUUGCGACGGAGUGAGUGGGUGUUGUUUUCACGUGUCUCGUGGCUCUGUUUGUUCCUCUUGUUUGGGAGAGUGUCAAUCAUAGCGACCCUGCGUCUCUGAACGCCUGAUGCUUCAGAGCAAAUGUCACAGAGCUCUCUAACACCUUCAGUGAAGCGUCUUCUGUGUGAGUGACUGAGCGAGUGAGUAAUAACCGAUGCAUUUCUCUGUGUGUGAACGGAUGUCCACAAUACGACUAACCCAUAUGCAUGCAGAAACACUGACACCAGAUAAGAAGACUGUAUAUGGUGGCUUAAUGCUUCAAUGAUCUUUAACAACGGUUGAGUUUUAAGUACAGCUUACGAUCACAUCGCACACUUCUCAUACACAUUUUUUUAAAGGUUGUGUAAAGCAUUUAAUAAAUGACUCUAUACUGUUGCACAGUAAGUCACAGAUCCAGUAAUAAACAGCACACAUUGUGUCACUGCCUUCCAAACCA